AACCAUCACGCUGUUCUUUGUUUGUCCUGUCGUAGCUCUUCUCUUUCCGCAAAGUGGGAAGUAGAUCACUAGGAUGGAGGACGACAACGAGGUGAUUGAGGUGCCAGAGGCACCCCCACCACCACCUCCUGUAGAUCCUGCUGUGCUAGCGGAGGCUGAAGCAGCAAAGGAUGAGGCGAACAAGAACUUCAAGGCCAAGCACUUCGCGGCCGCCAUCGAGGGCUACUCUAGGGCCAUCGAACUGAACCCGAACAACGCCAUUUACUAUGCCAACCGUGCGGCUGCACACAUUAAGCUCGAAAAUUAUGGCGCUGCCGUGGUGGACGCGGAGAAGGCCACCGAAAUUGACCCGAAGUACAUUAAGGGCUACUACCGACGAGGAGACGCGCACUUUGCCCUCGGAAAGUACAAGCUGGCCGUCAAAGACCUUCGGACGGCAGCCAAGGUGGCCCCUCGCGACCCAGACCUGCGCCGCAAGUUGUCGGAGUGUGAGAAGGAGGUGAAGCGGCUGCGAUUCGAGGAGGCGCUAGCAGUGCCGGACUCGGAGGCUGUUUCGGUGCUGGAGACUUUGGACCUCUCCAUAUACGACAACAUUGAGGAGUCGUACACCGGGCCCCGCAUGCAAGGCAACGCUGCCGAGGGUUACGUGCUGACGCUGGAGUUCGUGACCGCCAUGCUGGAGGAGUUCAGGCAGCAGCGAACCAUCCACAAGCGCUUUGCGUUUGAAAUUAUACGGCAGGCGCACGCGCUGUUCCGCUCGCUUCCCUCGCUGGUUGACGUCGUCAUUCCCGACGACAAGCACUUCACGGUGUGCGGCGACGUGCACGGACAGUUCUUCGACCUGCUCAACAUUUGGAAGAUUAACGGCAUGCCCUCGACCGACAACCCCUACCUCUUCAAUGGUGAUUUCGUGGACCGCGGGUCGUUCAGCUGCGAGGUCAUCUUCGCACUACUGGCCUUCAAGCUGCUCUACCCGGACCACCUGCACCUCACGCGGGGCAACCACGAGUCCAAGAGCAUGAACAAGGUGUACGGAUUUGAUGGAGAGGUGAAGGCCAAGUACAACGGUACCAUGGUGGACUGCUUCCGGGAGCUCUUCUGCGGCCUGCCGCUGGCCGCCUGCCUGAACGGGCGGGUGCUGGUGCUGCAUGGCGGACUGUUUAGCCAGGAGGGGGUGACACUGGAGGACAUUCGCCGGAUAGACCGGUUCAGGGAGCCCCCCGAGGACGGCAUUAUGUGCGAUGCGCUCUGGGCCGACCCCUCACCCAUGCCCGGUCGUACACCCUCGAAGCGGGGUGUGGGGCUGUCCUUCGGGUCGGACGUGACGCGGAGGUUCCUAGAGGCGAACGGUCUGGAGCUGAUCGUGCGGUCGCAUGAGGUCAAGGAGGAGGGAUAUGAGGUUGAGCACGAGGGGCGGCUCAUCACGGUCUUCUCCGCACCCAACUACUGCGACCAAAUGGGCAACAAGGGCGCAUUCGUGCGGUUCAACGGAAACGACAUGGUCCCCCACUUCACCACCUUCGCCGCCGUACCGCACCCCGACGUACGGCCCAUGGCCUACGCCAACUCCUACCUCAUGGGCAUGUAAGGCCGCGAGGCCGGCGUGCUGGUCGGGCCGCUGCAGUCCCCACUCGAGCGGUUUUCGAGGGGCAUGCAGGGGGGCGGCAGCAGCGGGUCCCGCUUGGAGGGUGCGGGGUGAGAGGUUGCUUGGAGCCUGCUGUGGGUAUGCAUGUUGGGGCAGCAGCUGCUGCUGGUGCAGCUGCUGGUGGUGGACUGGUGAGCACUCUAGCAGCAGCAGCAGCUGCUAGUUAGGGCUGGCCGCAGGUGAAAAGGGAGUGGAGUGCCCUUGGCGGGUUCAGGAUGCGGGUAUGAUGGAAAGAGCGGACUGGGAUGGCAGGAGUGGGGGGUCGAGGAUGUCGGUUUGUUCUUUUCUCAUGAGCCAUUUUCCUGCCUGUCUGCCUUCUUUUUCCUACCAGUAGCAACUGCCCUGGUAGAGGGCGGAAGCAGGCGGGUUGCGUGUGUGGGUGUGUGCGGGGGUUUUAGAGGUGCUGAUAGGUUUCAAGUGCAGGUCGAAUAGACGCGUUUGCAUCAGGCGUUGGUGGGCUCAACACCGGAAUCACGGGUAUGGUGGUGGUGUGUAGUUGAGCGGAAACAAGAACAAGCAGUUGGGAUAGGUUCACGGGUAUGGUGAAGGUGUGUGCGAGGGUUGAGUGGGUGCAAGGUGGAAUGCAGAUUGGGUCGCGUAUGCGUGCGGGCGAGCGUGCGGUGUGGGGUGAGGUUAUAAACACAGCGCGGUAGUUUCAACCACAGCUAUUGCGGCAGGAUAAGCAUGCACUUGCAUUUUGGAGGCCGGGAGGAGGAGGGUAUAGCAGGGACGCAUGUAUUCGCAGUAAUAAACAUAACAAGACCUGAAGUUUUGUCAUUACUGUCAAUAUAUCUUUUUGACCUUACAACAAUUAUAGACUUAAACCGGGUAUAUGGUGUGUUGGUGUCACGCGCAGUUUGUUUAGGUGAGGUGUGUAAGGUGGCUCUCAGUAACAGGAGAGGGAGGAUGUUACCUCGUUAACUAACAUCGUUUGCUUUUUUCGGUCGGAUAUUACAGCACACGGUGUCACACUAUAGCCAAACCAAGGCAAGGCAAACGCCAUGGCACCAGCAAAUGCGCAUUCCGGUAGUGCUGUGCCUGUUGGGAUCUUAUUUGCAAACUGUUGCCCGGCUCACUGUUGCCCGGCUUAAUUUAACCCCCUCCUCACGUUUUGGACAGACCCGCAUGCACCCCAAUGCCCUCACACCCGCACCUUCCCCCCACGCCCAUAACACAUGCACCCUUCCUGCGCUGCCAGUUUGUCAAUAAUUUGUAAACCUG